AUGGGACCAAACUGUAACUGCAAAAACCGAUGUUUUGAAAAUGUUGGCGAAGAAUGCUGCAAGAGGAUAUUUUCUGAUUUUUAUUCGAUUUCCAUUAAAGAUCUUCAAGAUUCUUACCUUUAUGGAUUGAUAAAAAGGUGUGACGUUUCGCGCCAGAGACCACGAUCAGGAGAAGGAAAAACAAAAGCCUCAACCUUCUCUUACAAGGUUCGUGCACUUGGUAAAGAACACAAAAUUUGUCAAAAAGCGUUUCUAUCAAUACAUAAGAUCACAAAAAGUAGGCUCGAGAGAUUGCAGAAAUAUUUAGCCAAUGGAAAUGUCACAGCUCCGACUGAUCACAGGGGAAAACAUGCAAACAGGCCAAACAAAAUACCUGAUGAU